CGGACUGCGGCGACGGAGAUGCAUUGUAUGUUACAGAAGAGGAACUGGCUGGUGAAGACGAAGAUAUGCCGUCCUUCCUGUGCACACAGGAGGGCCGGCCGGGGCCCCGCUGCAGCCGCUGCCAGAGGAAUCUGUCCUUACACACAUCUGUGCGGAUCCUUUACCUCUUCUUGGCCCUGCUCCUGGUGGCCGUGGCCGUGCUGGCCUCCCUGGUUUUCAGGAAGGUUGACUCUCUUUCAGAGGACAUCUCCUUGGCCCAAUCCAUUUAUGACAAGAAGCUUCUGUCUAUGCAGGAAAAUCUCCAAGGACUGGAUCCGAAAUCCCUGAGCAACUGCUCUUUCUGCCAUGAGGUUGGGCAGCUGGGGCAAGAGAUCCGAAAACUGCAGGAGGAACUAGAGGGCAUUCAGAAGAUGCUUCUGGCCCAGGAGAUCCAGUUGGACCAGACCUCAAAGGCCCAUGAACUGCUGUCCACCACCAGCAGUCAGAUCACCCAAGAGAUGGGUAAUUGUUCCUUCUCCAUCCACCAGGUCAACCAGUCCCUGGGGUUCUUCUUGACCCAGGUGAGAGGCUGGCAGGCCACCACAGGCAGCCUGGACCUCUCUCUGAAGGACCUCGCCCAAGAGUGCUACAAUGUCAGGGCUGUAGUGCACCAGAUCAACUUCACUGUGGGCCAGACUUCAGAGUGGAUCCAUGGGAUCCAGCGGAAGACCGAUGAGGGGACCCUGACCCUACAGAAGAUUGUCACUGACUGGCAGAACUAUACUCGGCUCUUCAGCAGCCUGCGCAGUAGCUCAGCUAGGACAGGAGAAGCAGUCAAGAACAUCCAGACCACCCUGGGGGUCUCCUCGCAGCGUAUCAGCCAGAAUUCCGAGAGUAUGCAUGACCUGGUGCUGCAGGUCAUGGGCGUGCAGCUGCAGCUGGAUAACAUCUCAUCCUUCCUAGAUGACCACGAAGAGAACAUGCAUGACCUGCAGUACCACACCCGCUAUGCCCAGAACCGGACAGUGGAGAGGUUUGAGACGCUGGAAGGACUCAUGGCUUCUCAUGAGAUCGAGAUCAGCACCAUCUUCACCAACAUCAAUGCCACUGACAACCACGUGCACAGCAUGCUCAAGUACCUGGACGAUGUGCGACUCUCCUGCACACUGGGCUUCCACACCCAUGCUGAGGAGCUCUACUACCUGAACAAGUCAGUCUCCCUCAUGCUGGGCACUACAGACCUGCUCAGGGAACGCUUCAGCCUGCUGAGUGCCCGGCUGGACUUCAGUGUCCACAACCUUUCCAUGAUCAUGGAGGAGAUGAAGGCAGUAGACAUGCAGCAUGGAGAAAUCCUUCGCAAUGUCACCAUUCUACGAGGUGUCCCUGGCCCUCCAGGACCAAGAGGACUCAAGGGAGAUGUGGGCGUGAAAGGGCCUGUUGGCAGCAGAGGACCAAAAGGAGACCCAGGCAGCUUGGGACCCCCAGGGCCUCAGGGGCCUCAGGGGCAGCCUGGGGGCACUGGACCUAUGGGAGAACGGGGGCCAGUUGGCCUGCGAGGUGUACCGGGCCUCAAAGGCUCAAAAGGCAGUUUUGGAACUGGAGGGCCAAGAGGACAGCCAGGCCCCAAAGGGGAUGUGGGGCCUCCAGGGCCAGAGGGGCCACCAGGGCCAGAGGGGCUCCCAGGGCCUCAGGGAAAACCGGGGAUUGCAGGGAAGACAGGGUCACCAGGCCAGCGGGGGCCCAUGGGGCUUAAGGGUGAACCAGGGAUCCAGGGUCCCCCUGGCCUCCCUGGGCCCCCAGGCCCACUAGGCAGCCAGAGUCCUUACUGAGGAGGGACAGCACAGGACACUGCCACACAGAAAGCC